UAAAUCACCUCUUCACAUUUCAAAACAAACCCUAGCUGUCCUUUUUUUUCACUUUCUCUCUCUACUCUUUCUCUCUCUACACUUCCAUGGCUUCCCGGAGGCUUAUCGCCUCUCUCCUCCGUUCGUCGGCUCAACGCGGUGCCGGCAGCGGUGGUGGUCCAAUUUCCCGAUCAUCAGUAGCAAACUCCAUUGCUAGACCUGCUUCACGCGCAUCCCCUAAAGGAUUCCUCUUAAACCGUGCUGUACAGUACGCUACCUCUGCAGCAGCUCCGGCCUCUAAGCCAUCAACACCGCCGAAGUCAUCUGGUAGUGAAGUUAGUGGAAAAAUUACAGAUGAGUUUACAGGUGCUGGUGCGAUCGGGAAGGUUUGUCAGGUUAUUGGUGCUGUGGUGGAUGUGAGAUUUGAUGAUGGAUUGCCUCCAAUUCUUACUGCUCUUGAGGUGUUGGAUAAUCAGAUCCGACUUGUGCUUGAGGUUGCUCAGCAUUUGGGUGAGAAUAUGGUUAGGACUAUUGCUAUGGAUGGUACUGAAGGACUUGUUCGUGGUCAACGUGUGCUUAAUACUGGCUCUCCUAUCACCGUUCCUGUCGGUCGAUCCACACUUGGCCGUAUCAUGAAUGUCAUUGGAGAGGCAAUUGAUGAGAGAGGCCCAAUUACAACCGAUCACUUUUUGCCAAUCCAUCGUGAAGCUCCUGCCUUUGUUGAGCAAGCCACUGAACAACAAAUUCUUGUCACUGGUAUUAAGGUUGUUGAUCUUCUUGCACCAUACCAAAGAGGAGGGAAAAUUGGUCUGUUUGGUGGUGCUGGUGUUGGCAAAACUGUGCUUAUUAUGGAGCUUAUUAACAAUGUUGCCAAAGCACAUGGUGGUUUCUCUGUUUUUGCUGGUGUUGGUGAGCGAACUCGAGAGGGUAAUGAUUUGUACCGAGAAAUGAUUGAAAGUGGUGUCAUCAAGCUAGGCGAGAAGCAAAGUGAAAGCAAGUGUGCGCUUGUAUACGGUCAAAUGAAUGAGCCCCCUGGUGCUCGUGCACGUGUUGGACUUACUGGUUUGACAGUUGCUGAGCACUUCCGAGAUGCCGAGGGGCAGGAUGUGCUUCUCUUUAUUGACAAUAUUUUCAGGUUUACUCAGGCUAACUCAGAAGUGUCUGCUUUGCUUGGUCGUAUCCCAUCUGCUGUGGGUUAUCAACCAACUUUGGCUACGGAUCUUGGAGGUCUUCAAGAACGUAUCACCACGACCAAGAAAGGUUCUAUUACGUCCGUCCAAGCUAUUUAUGUGCCUGCUGAUGACUUGACAGAUCCUGCUCCCGCUACAACCUUUGCUCACUUGGAUGCCACAACUGUCUUGUCCCGUCAGAUUUCUGAGCUUGGUAUCUAUCCUGCCGUCGAUCCACUUGAUUCUACAUCCCGUAUGCUCUCACCUCACAUUUUGGGAGAGGAUCACUACAAUACUGCCCGUGGAGUGCAGAAAGUUCUUCAAAAUUACAAGAAUCUUCAAGAUAUUAUUGCCAUUUUGGGUAUGGAUGAGCUUAGUGAAGAUGAUAAGAUGACUGUUGCCCGUGCACGUAAAAUCCAAAGGUUCCUCAGUCAGCCUUUCCACGUUGCUGAAGUUUUCACUGGUGCCCCUGGAAAGUAUGUCGACUUGAAGGAGAGCAUCAACAGUUUCCAGGGAGUAUUGGAUGGCAAAUACGAUGACCUUUCAGAGCAAUCGUUUUAUAUGGUUGGUGGUAUCGAUGAGGUCAUUGCCAAGGCAGAGAAGAUUGCAAAGGAAUCUGCAGCCUAGAUAGAUUAUAAAAAUCUGUGACUUUCUUUUGUUCUCUUCACCAAAAUAAUUUAGUUUGUGACAUUUUGGUUCUUUUUUUGGGAGGGCCAAGGGGUCCUUAAUCUACUUUUUGUUUCAUCUUUCCAAACGCGGGAUUGUUAUAGAGAGACAUGCUGCAGCCAAAGACGUUGUCGCCAAACCCCCUGCUCUGUUAUGUCACAUAAUAAGGGGGUUAUAUAUGGCGAACUUGUAUAUGUUACUUUCAUGUCUUUUUUUCGAGAAUUUUUGAUGCUCCAAUUAUCAAAUGUCUUCUAAACAAUAUGUUCUUUUUUCCAUUUAUUCUUUCCUUGUUGCAGUGA